UGCACAUGUAGGUCAUGGCAGUUGACUGGCAUUCCAUGCCCUCAUGCCAUCAAAGCUAUGUUGUACCAGAAGAUAGAACCAAAGAAUGAAAUUAAUUGGUGGUACAGUAAGGAAGCUUAUUUGAUGACAUAUAGGGCAAAGUUGAUGCCUGUAAGAGGUGAACAAUUCUGGAAUGUAUUGCCAGAACACGCAAUUGAUCCACCUGAUCUUGUGAAAACAGUGGGAAGACCAAAGACCAAAAGAACUAGGGAAAAGGAUGCAGCAAUUAAAAGAGCUGGAGAGUGGGCUCACUCAAGAAAAGGAACUAAAAUGACAUGUAGCAAGUGUGGUGAAACAACUCACAAUGCAAGAACAUGCAAUUUUGUUGAAGGAGAACAAGGGCCAACAUUGAAGAGAAAAAAGGGCAGAACUGAGAAAGAGUCUGAAGAAGAGGUUGAAAAAGAGGUUGAAGAACCCCAUGGAGAAGAUUAUGAUGUUAAUAGCUCAGCCCCUAGACCAACACAAGAUGAAGAAUACCAUUUCAUGUCCUCACUACAGUAUGAACCAUUUGGACCUGCUAGAGAGCCUGAAAGUGAUCCAGAUAUAAGGCCUCAAGUCAUAUCUGAAAAUCGCACAAAACUGAAAAUGAGGAUGAAUCAACAAAGAGCAACUGGAAAUAGAGUUAUAUCUUUUAGAGGUGAUCAUGCUGGAAUUAGUGAGCCUACAGAUUUGCCUUACUCACCUACUAAUCUCACUUGGAAAGGAAAAGAAGCUGUCACUGGCAAUCAGUUGGAAAGAGAGAGACAGAAGAAGGUGGACAAGUUGAAGACAAGAAAAACUAAUGGGAAAUCCCAGAUUUGA